AAAAAAAAAAAACAAUGCAUAGGAUCAGAUCCUGCCCCAAUACACCACAUUGUGUGUCACACAGGUGUCACUACAUCCCGAUCAACUUUUGUGGGGACAGAAAGAAAGUUGUACAAAUCUCAUCGCAUGUAGAUCGCACGAUCUGGAUCGGAUGGGAGUCGUGGAGACCCCGCAGCAGCCGCCCCCACAGCUGAUUCACCUCCCUCCUCCCCGGCCCUGCUCCUCCCUUCCCUCCACGCAGGUGCGGCCCUCCCCGGCUCCUGCUGCUGACCUCACCGGCCCCACCUUCCUGCUUCUCCCGCAGCCGCCGCCGGGGCCACAAGUUCUGCCAGUGAUAGUUGUCUGGAGACCGGGAGGAGACGGCGGCCUGGAGCGGGCAUGUGAGCAGCGGCGGGGCCAGGUGUACCGAGAGCGGAGGAGCGCUGACAGCCGGAGCCAUGUCCCGGGACCCGGAGGCCGUGGCCAAGAUCACCGAAAACACCUACAAGAUAAAAGCUUUGAAGCCUAGCCAAUGAUAUAUAGUGUGGUGUGUUAUGGUGUACAAGACUAUCUGGAUAUCCAAUCUCCCUGGAGAAUUAUUUUCAGAAUGUUAUGGACCAGUUCAACCCCGGGCUCAGAAACCUUGUUAAUCUUGGGAAGAACUAUGAAAAGGCCGUGUCUGCAAUGGUACUAGCAGGAAGAGCUUAUUACGAUGGAGUAGCCAAGAUGGGAGAAAUAUCCAGAGUGUCUCCAGUCUCCAAGGAUCUGGGUCAGGUCCUUCUGGAUAUCUCUAUUGUACACAAAAAGCUGAAUGACAGCCUAGAAGAAAACUUCCGCAAGUUCCACAGAGAAAUAAUUGCAGAAUUAGAAAGAAAGACUGAACAAGAUGUAAAGUAUAUGAAUGCUACUCUGAAGCGAUACCAGACGGAACACAAGCACAAAAUGGACUCUUUGGAGAAAUCUCAGGCAGAACUCAAAAAACUCAGGAGGAAAAGUCAAGGGGCCAGAAAUGCUACAAAAUAUGACAUGAAGGAAACUGAGUAUUUGGAGACAAUCACUUCCCGUCAGAACGACAUCCAGAAGUUUAUAGCUGAAGGCUGCAGGGAAGCGUUGCUGGAGGAGAAGCGGCGUUUCUGCUUUCUGGUUGACAAGCAUUGUAAUUUUUCCAAUUACCUGAAUUACUUCCACCUUCAGUCUUCAGAUUUGCUCACCUCCAAAAUCCCCAAGUGGCAGGAAACGUGCAGCGAUGUCGCACAAGUGCCGGACACCAUUAUUAACAAUAUCAAAGAACAAAAGACUCCUGGAUCCACUCCGAUAUCUGGCACCCCCGAACCUUCUCCACUCAUAGUUAAGAAAGCACUGAUGGCAGGAGAAUCCAUCUCUAGGAACACCCUGAGGAUGCCCCCUCCAGCACCACCAAGUCGGGCACAGACGAGUCCCCUGGUUGACAUGUUCAACAACCCAGCUGUCGCUCCAAAGAUAACCUACGACAGACUGAAACCAUCACAAGCAGAGAACACAGAUGAGGGCGUCCUGCCACGAUCCAUGUCGGUCGCAACAGGAUUGAAUCUCAUGAAGAAACCGAAAGUCAGAACCAUUUUCCCACACACCGGAAACAGCAAGACUCUGCUCAGCUUUCAGCAGGGAGAUAUCAUCACUUUGCUUCUACCGGAGGAGAAGGAUGGCUGGCUGUAUGGGGAGCAUGACACUACCAAACUCAAAGGGUGGUUCCCCUCGUCAUAUACCAGGCCACUAGAAGAGAACGGAAAAGAACCUACACAAGUGCCAAGUGUCACUCCCAGCCCCGCUCCGGUGAGAAGUCUCAGUACGGCCAAUUUACUUGACAAAAGUGACAUGUUCCUUCCAGAACCCGAUUACUUAGAGACAUCUUCAUUUAGGGAAUCCCUUGAGCGGGAACAAGCUACCUUCAGCCCAUUUAUUGCCAAAGAACCUGCCCCCGCAGCAAGUAACGGAUCACCAAAAACAACACCAAAUGGGGUUAUGAAACAUCCAUUCUUAAGUGGUGAAAACCCAUUUGCUACAGUCAAGCUCCGCCCCACCGUAACAAACGACCGAUCGGCACCAGUUAUUCGAUGAACAGAGUCCAUUAAUUUAAUUUUUAAGUUUUUUUCUUUUUGUUUUUCUAUCUUCUAUUAUGUAAAAUAAUGUUUUUUUUUGUUUUGUUUGUUUUUUCUCCAUUUUCGUUCUGAUUUUUGAAAUGAUUUUGUCUGCAACAUCCAGGGAAAAAGUCUACAAGAAGCAACUGGAUACACAGAAGCGCCAUCUUGGAUUGAUGAUUCGUAUUUCCUGUAACUGUUGCCUGUGUUUCUGAGCAGGAAUAAUUUAUUGUGUUAAAUAUAGAACUAUAUAUAUUUUUUUCCCCUCAAGCCCGUAAAAUAAAAUAGGGUCUUCGUCAUUUGCACUUAUUCACAUUACAGGGGUACUCCGCUGCUCAGCGUUUGGAACAAAAUGUUCUGAAUGCUUAGAGUUGGCGCCGGGAGGGGGCGGGGUGUGAAAUCAUGAGGGGCGGGGCCAUGACGUCACAAGCUGCUGCCUCUAAGCAUUCGGAACAUUUUGUUCCAAACGCUGAGCAGCAGAGUACCCCUUUAAGAAACUGGGCUUAUGUGGGGACCUUGGAGGAGAUUUAUCAAAACCUGUGCAAAGGAAAAGUUGCCCAGAGCAACCAAUCAGAUCGCUUCUUUAAUUUUGCAGAGGCCUUGUUAAAAAAAAAAAAAAAAAAAGGAAAGAAGCGAUCUGAUUGGUUUCUAUGGGCAACUGGGCAAUUUUUCCUCUGGACAGGUUUCGAUAAAUCUCCCCCCCUUAUCUUUAAGCAUAGAUUUACUUUUGGCAAGCAUUCUGCAAUUAAUAUCUGUCAUGAUGCAAAUAUUUAGCUUUUACUUUCAUUGACAUAUUACAGUAACCCCCUGCUGGUUCAGUGUCUACACAUGGCAAAUACUAUUGAUUCGGAUUCUAAAAAGUGUCAUUUUACCAGGCACAAAGUAAAACUCCAGGCAUCUUUCCAUAGCUAUUAUUAUAGAGCUACUAGGGCUAUGGUGUCCAACCUGCGGCCCUCCAGCUGUUGCAAAACUACAAUUCCCAGCAUGCGUGGACAGCCAUUGGCUGUCCAGGCAUGCUGGGAGUUGUAGUUUUGCAACUGCUGGAGAGUCUCAGCUUGGACACCCUCAUACUAGGGUCAGGUAAUGUACUAUGAUGCCUCAAAUGCAAGUUGUCAAGCUGCUAUACGUUAUAGAUCCCUAACACCACAUUUGGUGACCAAAUAGAUCUCGCUAUUCAUUUGUACAGGAGAUAUUCCAAAAUGAUGCCCUCUACUGGCUGAAGCUGCACCGCACAGACUUCCUGCUUUGCCCACCCCAUGCGUGCACUCUGUAUAAUACUCAUAAUGCACUGAGCUCCCCUGCUCCAUUUUAGCUUUUUUUAGACUAGGUCAGUGUUUCCUGACCAGCAGUUGCGAAACUACAAGCACUUGUCAGUGCAUACUGGGAGCUGUAGUUUUGCAACAGCUGGGGGCACAUUGGUUGGGAAACACUGGACUAGGUAGUUGGGUAAAAAAAAAGAAUCUGUUUUGCACUGUAUUCUGCAGUGAUCUACAUUUUUUAUAUACGAAGUUUAAAAUAUAAAAAUAAAAAGUCCCUUGCUCUGGAGGACCCGUCUUGUCCUGCAAUACACAUUGAACCCAUUAAAGGGGUACUCCGCUGCUAGACAUGGUAUUCCCUAUCCAAAGGGAAUAACAUGUCUGAUCGCUGGGGACCCCCGCGAUCUCUGCCGUGGCAACCCAGUCAUCUGGUGCAAGGAGUGAACUCCAUGUAGUGCCGGAUGACUGGCGAACACAGCCGCCGAGCCCCCUCCAUUCACUUCUAUGGGAGGACGGCUGUGUACUAGACAUGAAUGCAGGUGCCCCAGACUUCCAUUAGCCCGCGGCCGCCCUCCCGUGAUCAGACCUCUUAUCCCCUAUACUUUGGAUAGAGGAUAACAUGUAUAGAGGAGGAGUACCCCUUUAAGUUGAAGAAACACUGUAUAAUGCUUUGCCCCCACCCCACCCCCCGGUGACGCUGCAGAAAUACUGAAUACUUUCUUCCAGGUUUUUCCUACAAAUUGUUAAGGAUUGCAGCAGGGUGACACCUUUGCAGUCGCCUUAUUGUCAAGUGACCAUUUCUAACAAGUAAGGGUUGUCCAAAUCAUGCACCUAUUUAAAUGAAGUCUAAAGUAAAGAAACCCCUUCCCCCUAAAUGCAUUUGGCAAAAGGUUACAUAGAAACCAUCAGAAUUGUGAAUGCAGCUCUUUAUGUGACUGGACUAAUAGGCAUGCUAUAACUCAGGAACUUUACAUAUUGUUUGCAGAACAUACUCGACUUUACAGCUUCAUAUAAUGGAUAUAUAAAUUGUGGUGGUAUUUAAAGGCGUUGUCUGGCAAAAAAAAAAAAAAGGGUGUGGUGUUAAAAUGUGAAAUAAAACAACUUACUAAUAUGAUGCAGGAAUUCUCCAUAUCCACUGUUUCUCUUGUAAACGGUCACGUCACACUCUGAAAGCCGUCUGCUCCGUCCCUCCUCUCCUUUCAUCUCCUGCUUUGAUGGGAGGAGACCAGUGAUGUGAAGUGGGGAGCUGGUAUUACUGCUUUUCAGAUUUCUGACUCAUUAGUUGAGAUGGUCUGUUAGAGCAAAUUCACUGCUGUCUUAUCUAAUGAGUAAUAAAUCUAAUGUGCAGUAAUAUCAGCCCC